UCGCCGUCUCUCCCUUGAUUACCGCGAGCAAAAGGGGGGGAGUAGGAUAGAUAGGAUACAAAGACCGUUGGUGAGGGAGAGGACGGGCACGCAAUGGCAUCUAAGGAGUUAUCUGUCGUUGGAUUCUUUAACGUCAGCAAAGAAAUAACAGAUAGCGUCAGAAAGGUCAUCGACAAGCCAUCCAUCAAGUUUGUGCGUGCUGUCAAGCUCGACACUAAGAGCGGCAAAUCGGAGGACAGAAUUCUGGUACUGACAACAUGGCGACUUUACCUUAUGGCAGCCAAGACACCAACAAAGGUGGAACAGACAUUCAACUUCCUGGAAAUUCGGGGAAUGAACGCUUACCCAGAGUACCAGGUUGUCAUAGAGACAGACAAGGUGGCCUACUCACUGAGACUGCAGUGCAUUGAUCACAUGGAUCAGCUGAUCGGCCACGUGAACUUCGCCCUCUCACGCAUCUUCAACAACUCCAUCUUUGCGCCCCCCAUCUGUCGGUUAGACGGGGAGCUCACAGAGGGGGGGCAGAAAUUCUCCCCCAGCUCUGAGACGUCCGUGGAGGCCCAGAGAGCCUGCGGAGGCUUCUCGGAGACGUAUGCGGCCUUGUGUGAUUACAAUGGUAUCGGCUGCAAAGAAGAAGUGCAGUGGGACGUGGACACCAUUUACCACUCUCAGGACAACAGAGAGUUUAACCUGUUGGACUUCAGUCAUCUGGAGAGCAGGGAUUUGGCAGUGAUUGUGGCAUCUAUGGCGUACAACACAUGGUUCACCAAGCUGUACUGCAAGGAUUUGCGCUUGGGUUCGGAGGUGGUUGACCAGGUUCUUCACACAGUCAGCAAAUCUAGCAGUUUAGAGGAGAUCACCCUGGAAAAUGCAGGCCUCAAAUCGGAUUUCCCCCAGAAGAUGGCCACAGCCCUGUGUGAGAACCCCGCCUCAGUUAUACACUCCCUCAACCUGGCACACAACACCCUGGACAGCCAGGGGGUUUCUAAUCUUAUCCAGCAAGUGUGUCGCCUCAACAAAGGCUUGCGGCUGCUCAACCUGUCCAAGACGUCCCUCUCCUCCAAGGGUGUGAUGUCUCUCUCGCAGGCGCUCUGCUCCAGUGACGACUACUCCAACUCCCUGCUGCACCUGGACCUCAGCAAGAAUCCCGGGGUGCUGUCUGGCGAGGAUGCCACCAACCUUUACCUGUUCCUGGCCCAGCCUAACUGCCUGGUUCACUUGGACCUCUCUGGCACAGACUGCGUGGUGGACACGCUGUUUGGGGCAUUGCUGAGGGGAUGCUGUGCUGAUCUCUCCUAUCUGAACCUCUCCAAAAAUUCAUUCUCUCACAGGAAAGUGAGAGAGACUCUGCCGUCCUUUCGACAGUUCUUCAGUUCAGCUUUCAGCCUCACGCACAUUUGCCUCUCCUCCAUGAAGAUGCCUCCUGAUGUCCUAAGAGCACUCUUUCUGGGACUAUCAUCCAACCCGCACAUCACUGACCUUCACCUGGACAUCAGUGGCUGUGAGUUGAGGUCCGGGGGAGCGGAGGUGAUCCAGGACCUGUUCCCUAGAGUUUCCUGCAUCAGCACUCUGGACAUCUCUGACAACGGCCUGGACGCAGACCUCCUGACCGUGAUCCCCGCUUUCUCCCGGCACCCCUCCCUCAAGCACCUGCUACUGGGCAAGAACUUCAACCUUAAAAGCAGGGUGCUGGAUGAAAUUCUUCAGAAGCUUGUGUUACUCAUCCAGGAAGAAGAGUGUGCUCUGCAGUCCUUGUCCCUGGCCGACUCCCGGCUGCGCUCCAGGGGCACGGUGCUGGUGAACGCCCUGGGCAGCAACACCUGCCUGCGGAAGGUGGACCUCAGCGGCAACGGACUGGAGGACGUGGGGGCCCGCAUGCUCAGCAAGGCCCUGCAGAUCAACACCACUCUCAGGAGUGUUACGUGGGACCGCAAUUACACCACCGCUACCGGAUUCCAAGACGUGUCCCGAGCCAUGGAACAUAACUUCACCCUCCAGUACAUGCCACUUCCCCUGUGUGACAUCGCCCAGGCCUACCGCAACGCCCCAGAGAGGACAGAGCAAGCGCUGACCAAGAUCCAGAGGGCUCUGUUGAGGAAUAACCAGACUCAGCGCUUCUCCCAGAAGCAGGCCCUACGUCUGCACCAGGGCUUAGUGACCAGCACCGCCGAACAGGUGAUGGAGCGCCUGUGUGUGCGCGUGCAGCAGCAGCUGUGUGUGUUGCGGGGAUCAGCAGAGGGAGAGGAACUGCAGGCGGCAAGACAAGUUCUCAAGGAGGCCAGGAACUCAAGAGCGCUGUACCCAUCUCUAUGCGAGUUGGCCCAUGUGCUGUCAGUGGACGGGCCUGUCAGGCAGAAGCUGGACGCGCUGGCUGGAGAGCUGGCCAAGGCGGCCGAUAAGGAACUACAGGUGAUCGUGGACUCCAUGGUGUCCCUGUGCCGCGAGCUGUGUCCUCUCUCCGCCACCUCGGCCGAGCUGCUGUCGCCGCCGCUCUCCUCUGUUGCCGAGCGCGUCUCCGUGCCCCGCUCCGUCAUCCGCACCGCCCUCAUGGAGAGAGCAGCGCAGGACAUCAACAGGGCCUUGGAGGAGGUGAAGCUUUCUGUCGUCUCGCACCUCACCAACACCAUAGUGGAUCAGAUCCUGCAAGAGCUCUACACCACGCACAAAACACUGUUACAGCAGGUGUCACAGGUGAGGCGCCUGGAUGACAGGGGGACGACCCGACGAGCUCAGAGACACGCAGACACACUGGACUUGGCAGAGGAGGACUUGACCAUUGGCAUAGACACCAUUGCAAUCAAGAAGCGCAGCUCUCGCACCAGACGGAUCCGUCCCGUGUCCACCAGAUUGAGUUUAGCGGAUGACUCCUGCAACCCUUCCCCCAUCAUCACAUCCCCCAUCACCUCCGCCCACCUGUCCCGCUCGGCAUCAUGGGAAGGGCUCUCCACCUUGCCUACCCAGGGUGCACCACUGCGCCACAUUACCCAUGCGAGGCCGCGGCCCCCGCGCCGCCACAGGACUGGCCACGCCCCUCCAGACACGCCGCAGCACUGUGCUGAGAAUGGAGGAGUUAACUUGCUGGAUGAUGGCCUCCCUGACUUCUACAAUAAAAGGGUUUUGCCCGACAGUCAGCUGGCAGAACAACAGCAGGCCCAGACCCUGAGGAAACAGAAGAGGCGGAGUGUCCUGUCCAUCUUCUCCGGUUUCCGCAAGAACCGAAACUCCACCAUCUCCUACCAGGAGCCAGAGCCCGCCUCGCGAGGAGGGGCCUGUGGGGAGGAGUGCCGAACAAACCUCUCCAGUGAGAACGUGUACUCCACGGUGCAGUACCCCAGCGAGGACGAGCGGGCAGUGGAGGUGAGCAGCGACCGCCCCCAGCGCCGUCUGGAGAGGCGGAGCUCCCAGAGGAGCACGCCCCAAUCGGCUCGCCCCGCCCACGGCAUCGCCCUGCCAGGCAUGCUGGGCGGCCCCGCCUGCCUCUCACAGAAACAGUCGUCAGACACAGAGAGUGACACACACAGCUCUGUGGGAACAGGAGUACACACAGAUUCGCACAGCACGGAAAGGGAUGCUUUUGAUGCUCCGUUGAGCUCCCAUGAGGAAGAUUCAGCCGAGGAGCAGACGGGUGGCACGGACGGCAGAAAGGAGGAGGAGGGAAAAAAGAGAGAGUGCGAUGAAGAGAAGGCGUCCGUCUCGCGCAGCGUAAUGGAGGAAAGGCGACCAGGGCUCACAAAGAGAUCAGAGGAGCAGAAGAAAACUGACGAAGAGCUAUGGGAGGAGGAGGGGGGGGAGGAGGAGGAGGGAGGAAGUCAGAAGCCCACGCCACCCCCUCAGAGCUGUAAGCCCAGCCUGGCGAGAAUGAGGCAGCGACACCUGCAGGAGAGCUCGGAGCCCUCCAUCGAGGAGGUGGGAGGAGAUGAAGAGGCGGCGGAGGAGAGGGAGCAGGAGAGGAAUGGUGGCAGCUUGACUAAGGAUCAAGACAUGAAGGGAAGGCAUUCCUCUGUACCUGAAAAGGCAGGUAAAGACAUCUCCAAGACGAUCCUAGACAAGGGUUCCUCUGAGAGCAGCCCCUCUGUAUCACCAUCCAAAGACAAAAACAAUCAAAAGGCCGUACGGCCUCCUCUGCCUCCCGCCUCCUCAAAGCCUGUGCUCCAUCAUUCGUUUGACUCUGCCGUCAGUCAUGGUGAAGAUGACCGUAGCAGUACGAACGGGGUGCCCCUGAAGCCCUACCGUAACAGGAAAUCCAACUCAUGUGACACAGGAAUGGGACACCACAGCCUCGGCAGCGAUCUGGAGAGGUCCUCUGAUCGCAAGCCCCCUGUGAAAAAACCCAGACUCCCCCCAAAAAGACACAAGUCUGUGGACUUCCCCGGUCACACAGGCCCGGAGCACGGCAACGGAGAAACGUCAUGACAACGCCAGCCUCGGAGCCCGCUGGCCACAUUGGCAUGACAACCAUUUGGGGAUGGGGAGGUUGUAGCGGGUGGCAGGUGGGAUUAUUAUUAUAACGAUAGGUAGAGAAGGCGGGGAAGGAAGGGGAGAGAGGGAGAAAUGGCAUGGUGGAAGAGAAGAACAAAAAGACAGAAGAAAGGAUGACACUGCCUGGCAAAAGAAGGACAGAAAGAGAUGAAAAAGGAGUGAAAAACAGCAUGAGGAAUGGGUGUGGACACAGAUGAUCAGAAAGAUGGGGUAGAAGGAGGGAAGGUAGGGAGGAAGACCGGAAAAGAGUUAUUGAGAGAUCAUUUGGUACUCUGUAAACAGUCCAAUAAACAUAGCUACACAGUGUUCCAGGGGGCGGGGGGGCACACUGGCCCUUGUUUUAUCUGCCCCUUGUUGUCCAUCCACUCCAUAUCUUACUCUCCCAGCCACUUGGCCAGCCAGCUGAGCUAACACACAGCCCAGCGCCAGCCUCUCACCUGUGUCCUAAGCCAAGGUACUUAAGGACUCUUUUCACUGUCCAUUUCUCUCUCUCUUUCUCUCUGUCUCUCUGUCUCUCUUUCUCUCUGUCUCUCUCUCUUUCUCUAUGUCUCUCUCUCUCUCUCUCUCUCUCUCUCUCUCUCUCUCUCUCUCUCUCUCUCUCUCUCUCUCUCUGCUAAAUCCCUGCUUUUGGUCCCGCUCUUUGUGCUGUUUUUGCCCCUCUUUCAUCAGUAGACAAUCUCCUGACACUGGAACUGUACGUUUUGGUUUUAGAUUCCUGAAGUUAUCAUAACCUGUAAAUAUGAAAUAUAUCGGGGUUUUUGCACAAGUCAUAAUGAAGAUCAUUGCUCUGCAUUCUGUUGAUUUUUUCAUGUUGGUACAUAUUGCAUAAGUUAUCCGAGAACUGUUGUGCGAAAAUGUUUAUGAUGCUGAGUUUAUUACCAUUAUUAUUACAUCAUUUUACAGUUGCCACUUGAUCAGAGGAACGCUAUAACAAUCAAAGUUGUGCAAGGAGAAAAUGAGCUUUAUUUUUAAAAACUGUGAAUGUGAUUUGAUUGAAUAAAG